AUGGUUGAAGAUAACAUACAUGUGAUUCAGAAUGACCCCCUGAUUAUCGUAGAUAAAUUCCCCUACACCAGGAAGAAGGAUAGAGUCACAGACGAAGAAGAAGAAAAAAAAAAAAAAAUCACCAAGAUAUAUUUCCUAACUCAUUUCCAUGCCGAUCAUUACACCAACAUAAAUAAAUACUUCCAUGAGAACGUCUUUUCGUCGACCAUAACAAAAAAGUUGUUAACAAACAUAAUUGGAGUAAAUGAGAAAUAUAUACACAAUUUAAAAAUUAAUAAGAAUUACCAUGUUUUCAAUUUCGAAGUAAUUUUUAUCGACGCAAAUCAUUGUCCUGGAUCUGUAAUUAUCUAUUUUGAAUUUGCAAACGGAACAAAAAUCAUACACACAGGUGAUUUCCGUUAUUCCAAUGUUCAUACCUUUUUGAUAAAAAAAGUGUUAAGUUCUAAAAGGAAUGAACAAAAUGGAAAACAGAAAUUGGAAAAGUUGAGUCCUACAAAAUCGGAGGAACAAAUCAUCAAGGGGGAGUUGUCCACCGAGAUGAAGACGAACUUUUCAUGGAAGGGCAAUCAGUAUAACAUCCAUUUUAGUAGUGAACAUUUAAAUAUUUAUAAAAGAAAAACUUACAUUGUAAAUUUUGAAGAGUUUAGAAUAGCUUAUUUAAAAAAUGUGGAAGAUUUAAUUUGGGGACUUAAAAAUGUGAGAAAAGAAUUUUAUUUUUAUGAUUCCAUUGAAAAGGAAAAUUAUUUUAACUUUUUCAUUUACGUAGAUUUGUCUCUAUAUUUUAAUCAGAACGAAGUAGACAUUUUACUUUUCCAUGAUGGCAAUAAAAGGUUAAACGAGAACGUGAUAAUUAAUGAGGAUAACGUAAAGAACAUUCGCUUUGUUUCCAUCUCUGAUGAAGAUAGGUUAGAAGAUGGAACGAGUCCGCAGGAUACAGAAUCCUCAGUUUUGACAAAAAGGGAAUUGCUUCACCAUUUUUCCGAUAAAUGCCCGUUGAAUCUUAAUAGAGGAAAUGGCGUCAAGUGUGAUAGGACGAAUGGAGAAAACGGAAAGGUAAAAAAGGAAGAGGACAUUGACGUGAAGGAGUCUCGCUUUACAUAUGAGCAUACCAUUGAAGAAAAGAAGACAGUGAUAAAAGAGAAAAAGGAAAUCGAUAGUAAUCUCAUCAAACUGGAAUAUGUCAAAGGUGGAAAAGAAAUAAGUACCCCUUGUGAGGUGAAGGAAUCGGAAGAAGACUCCAAUUAUAUAAGGACCAUUUACCUGGACACAACGUAUGCUCUGUCGAAAAAUAAUUUGUUUGCGCCGCAGAUGUAUUUGAUUAAUUUUAUUAUUUAUAUAUGUAAGAAAAAAGUGAGAGAAAAUUUCGCCCAAGCGGUCGGCGUCACGGUAAAGAAGGGGGGGAAGCACAAGACUAACCUUGCUAGGACGGGCAAACGAACUCGCGCGCAUAAAUAUAAGGAAAACGCAUGGGGAGGAAAAAAAGUGGGUAGAACAAACGACGAUGAAAAGAAUGGGAUAACUACACAUGGCGCGGAAAAGAGCGAAGUCAAUGAAGUGGGGAAUAGGGAUGAGAAGGAAUCAGGGGGAGAAGGAACCCCUGCAAAGAAGACCCUAUUCAUGUUUGGAACCUACAAUCUGGGGAAGGAAAAAAUUUAUCUAAGCGUAUCUGAGGCGUGCAACAUGAAAAUACAUUUCAGGAAUGAAAAAAAAAAAACAAUAAUUCAGUCCUUCUUACACAAUAAAAAUAUAUUAAAUAGAAUAACAGACAAUAAGUUGGAAGCACAGAUCCACAUAGUUGACAUUAAUUAUUCGUAUAUAUUCCCUAAAAUUGAAAAAGAAAAAUUUAAAAAUUUAAUAGACGAAGAAAUCGAAAAAGAAUUUGAUUCCUUCUAUUACAUUAUCCCCACAGGAUGGGUGAAAAAAUAUUCCUUCUAUCAAAAUAAGGAAAUCUCCAUUUUUUUAAUCCCAUAUAGUGAACAUUCGAAUUUAUCAGAAUUGGAAAAUUUUGUAAAAUCUAUCAAACCUUGUAAUAUAAUUCCUACUGUGUUUUAUAACCCGAAGGAAAAGACAAGGAUCCUGAACAUGUUCAACUCGUGCCUGAACUUACAGCGGGAAGUUAUGAAUUUUUUAAAAAUAUCUGAUGAGCGUUGUUUGGUCAGGAAUAAAAAAAUAUCCAAAAGGAGCGAAAAAACGAAUCACGAGCGAAAACAAAUUGUAGGAGGUAAUAUUGGAGGGGGAAAAAAUUCCAAUGAUAGCAGCCAAUCCAAGUUGACAUCGUUUUUUCCUUUAAUAAAGAGGAAGAAGGGUUGA